GGUGCGACCUGUUGAUAGAUAGCUGGUGUAGACUAGGGGAUCAGGAUUUGCGGGGACAGCGAGGCUCUGAGCUGCCUUCUCCCCUUCCAGGGAUGGGGGAAGCAGCCAUGCCUACCUGGGAGUCUGGCUCUCCGUCCCCAGACCGCUUUGCGGUGUCUGCGGAGGCAGAGGGCAAGGUGCGGGAACUGCAGCCCCAUGUCCAGCGCAUCUUCGGGGUGGGGAUGAGCAUCCUCCCCAAGGACUGUCCGGAGAACCCCCACAUCUGGCUGCAGCUGGAGGGCCCCAAGGAGAACGCCAGCAGAGCCAAGGAGUACCUGAAGGGUCUCUGCAGCCCGGAACUGCAGGAUGAAAUCCACUACCCGCCCAAACUGCACUGCAUCUUCCUGGGAGCCCAGGGCUUCUUCCUUGACUGCCUGACCUGGAGCACAUCUGCCCACCUGGUGCCUGGGGCGCCUGGCUCACUGAUGAUCAGUGGUCUGGCUGAGGCCUUUGUCAUGGCUCGGAGCCGACUGGAAGAGCUGGUGGAGCGGCUGAGCUGGGACUUUCUGCCAGGGCUGUCCCCUGGAGACUCUCAGUGUGCUGGAGUGCUGAGAAACUUCUUUGCCCUGUUGCAGUCCCGGGAGGAUGCUCACAGACAGGCCCUGCUGCAGCUGCCCCUGGCUGUCCAGGAGGAGCUGCUAAGUUUGGUGCAGGAGGCAUCUGGUGGCCAGGGGCCGCAAGCACUCCCCUCUUGGGAAGGGAGGAGCCCAGGCUUUCUGAGUUCUCAGUGCCUGGGAGUCAGAGCUCCCUCUAGUGAUGCCAGGGAGUCCCUAGACGCUGGAUCUAUGGGGCUAGGAGAGUCAAAGGGAGCAAGGGGAGAGAGUUAUGCUGUGGAGAAGGAGGGUGGGAAAGAGAGCCGUCCCGGGGAGAUGGAUUUGGGGUGGAAGGAGCUACCUGGGGAAGAGGCCUGGGAAAGAGAAGGGGCCUUCAGGCCACAGUCAGGGGGUGGAGGGGUGAGGGAGGCGGGGCCCCUGAAAGGGAAGGCCCUGGGAAAGGAGGGGGUGCCUCAGGAAAGAGGAGGGAUCUGUGUCCAGGAUGAGCCUCCUGGUGUCCGUGGCUCAUGUCAGAGGGCAGCUCAGGCCCGGGGAGCCACUCUCCUCCAGCGGCUCCACAACGGGAAUGCCUCGCCUCCAAGAGUGCCCAGCCCUCCACCUGCGCCUGAACCCCCAUGGCAUUGUGGAGACCGGAGUGACAGGGGAGACGGGGGAGACAAGCAGCAGGCCAUGGCUCGAAGUCGGGGGUCUCCCUGGAAACGAGGAACCCGGGGAGGCAACUUGGUGACUGGCACACAGCGUUUCAAGGAGGCCCUACAGGAUCCCUUUACCCUGUGCCUUGCCAACGUACCUGGCCAGCCAGACCUCCGCCAUAUUGUCAUUGACGGCAGCAACGUGGCCAUGGUGCAUGGGCUUCAGCACUAUUUCUCCAGCCGGGGCAUUGCUAUUGCUGUCCAGUACUUCUGGGACCGUGGCCACCGUGACAUAACUGUCUUUGUGCCUCAGUGGCGCUUCAGUAAGGAUUCCAGGGUCAGAGAGAGUCACUUCCUGCACAAGCUGUACUCCCUCAGCUUGCUCUCACUCACCCCCUCACGCGUCAUGGAUGGCAAGAGGAUCUCUUCCUAUGAUGACAGGUUCAUGGUGAAGCUGGCUGAAGAGACCAAUGGGAUCAUUGUCUCCAAUGACCAGUUCCGGGACUUGGCGGAGGAGUCCGAGAAGUGGAUGGCAAUCAUCAGAGAACGCCUGCUGCCCUUUACCUUUGUGGGAAACCUCUUUAUGGUUCCUGAUGACCCGCUGGGGCGAAAUGGUCCCACCCUGGAAGAGUUCCUGAAGAAGCCAGAUGGGACACCGGGGUUUUCUAAGGCUCAGCCUCCAUCCAGGGGCUUCACAGAACAUGACAACAAGCAGCAAGGGAGAGAAGAGGAAAAAGGCAGUGGCGGCAUCCGGAAGACCCGGGAGACGGAGCGGCUCCGACGCCAGCUGCUGGAGGUGUUCUGGGGUCAGGAUCACAAGGUGGACUUCAUCCUGCAGCGGGAGCCAUACUGCCGGGACAUUAACCAACUGUCUGAGGCCCUGCUCAGUCUCAACUUUUGAGUCUCACCUGCCUGAGUGGCUGCUGCCCUGUCAGCUCCAGCCUCCCCCAGCUCAGCACCUUCUGUGAGAGUCUCUCUCUGUUGCUCAGAUUCUGACCCAGACUCACUCUCAGUUGGUGCUUUGGGUUAGGGAAGCCACUCUGGGAACAGGUCCAUAAAGUGACCUUAUCUUA